AUGGUAGGGUGUAGGGAACAGUGGCGGUGGUUGGGGAGUGAGAGUGACACAAGUUGUGGUGAUGCUGCUAGUGGUGGUAGGGUGCAGAGGCAGAGAAAGGAGAUAGAGUUUGGUGGUGGUGGUGAUGGUGGUGAUGAAAUGAUUAGCAAUAACGAACAGUGUAAUGGUGAUUUUAAUGCGAAUGGUAAUGUGCCAUUUACUCCUACAGUAGUAGUUACUCCUAAAGUAGCACCUUUGUUAACUCCUAGAGGAACAAAAGAAUGGAUUCCAUUAUGCUCCAAUGAGUUAAAACUAGCUUUAGGGAUGAAGUUUAAUAACGUUGAUGAGGAUCUUGCAUUUUAUAAAGCUUAUGCAUAUGCUGCGGGAUUCAACACAAGGAAAGAUUUAAAAGCAUACAUUCAAGGAAGUGAUGCUCAAAUGUUCGUGGAUAACUUUACUAACAAAAAGCUAAUGUGGAGCGCUUUUUUCUUUGAUUUUGAGAUGGAUGAAGAUUAUUGCCUUUGUAGAGCAUUGUGGGCAGACCCCCCUUGUAAAAAGAGUUAUGCUCUAUUUGGUGAUAUAGUAUCCUUUGAUACCACAUACCAAACCAAUAGGUACAACAUGUUUACUCCAUUUACAGGGGUUGACCAUCAUAAGAGCUGCAUUACUUUUAUUGUUGGUUUCAUAGCAAAGGAAGAUAUUGUGUCAUUUGAGUGGAUGUUCAGAUCAUUUCUCAAGGCAAUGGGUGGGAAUGAACCUAAUUGUAUGAUCACGGAUCAGGAUCCAGCAAUGAAAAUUGCUAUUAAAAGUGUGUUUAAGAAUACUGAACAUCGUUUCUGUAUGUGGCACAUAAUGAAAAAGUUACCUGAUAAGGUGGAGAAAUCAAUCAUGCAAGAAGAAACUGGUUUCCUAAAUAAAAUAUGUGAUUGCGUUUGGCAUCUUGAAAUUGAACCUGCUGAGUUUGAAGAAAGGUGGAACAAGGUGAUGGUUGAAUACCACUUGAAAGAACAUGAGUGGUUAGGUUAUUUGUACAAUAUAAGGGACAAGUGGAUUCCGGCAUAUUUCAGAGAUGUGUUCCUUGGAGGAAUAAUGCGUACAACAUCGAGAUCCGAAAGUGAAAACAACUUUUUCUGCUCCUUUAUCAAUCCUCAUGUGUCACUUGUUGAGUUUUACUUGAGAUAUGAAGCUACAAUUGAUGCCCAAAGACACACUCAAGGUCAGAAUGAUAAUGAUUCAAAGCACAAAUAUCCUGAGUGCAAAACACCACUAGGGAUAGAAAAGCAUGCCUCACAUUUAUAUACUAACUCUGUCUUUUAUGAAUUUCAAUAUGAGAAAGAAAAUGGAUUGGAAGUUGCAAAAAAAGCAAAAGGGUUUAAAACCAUUCCUGAGCAGUAUAUGCUACACAGAUGGACUACUAUGGCACUGAAGAAACCAAUUUUUGACUUAGGUGGAAACCUGUUGGAGCAAUGUGCUAAUUUAAUUGACAAGAAAAAAUUGUUAAAUGAUUUAUGGUCAGAGAUACACACUUGUGUAAGUUUAGCAGAAGGCAAAGAUGAAGAUAUUCAAGAUCUUGUGAUAAAUAUUCAAGGAAUAAGAAAGGAUUAG